AAAGGAGAAUCAGAUUCACUUAGAAAGUUCCCUUCUAAAUCUUGUCCUUUAAGAUACGGAACUACAAAGAUUCAAGAAGAUGCCCUCACUCUGUUUCAAGCUGCAUUACGUGAAUUUUUGGGCUUUUGCAACUCUAAGACUCAUGGGAAUGAAAAUAACAACUGGGGAGUUACAUCACUGUCUGUUUCUGCUAGUAAGAUUGUCCCCAUACCAUCUGGGACACAUUCCAUUGUAAAAUAUUUUGGUGGGCAAGUUCCAUCUAGCUCAUCAUUUAAUCAACCACUAGGCAAUGCAUUUGAUGAAGCUGUACCAGGCAAUGCAUUUAGUCAGUUUUCUUAAUGGAGUAACCUAGUAAUGCUAUGUUUAUGCAUUAAGUUGGCACCAUCCUGUCCCAAAAAAAAAAAAGAUGGUAUUGUAAUAAGUUGACAAUGAGCUUCAAGGACCUAUACCAAUUUCUAGUGGCAGUGUACCUGGUCUUGAUAAGUUGCACCAUGCCAAACAUUUGUUGGAAUUGAAAUGCAGAGAAAAGCAACAUUGCCGUCCAGGGACGCAAAAAGCAGCAAUGCGAACAGCAUGAGUUAUAUUGGGUGGACUUUGCCUGGCCAGGCUCUACAACGGCAUUUGUGGUGCUGAAGUUCUCUCUCUUCUAUUUACUUGCAAGAACCAGAUACAGAAAUUUAUGCAAGCAUGUUGGAUUCAUUGAAUGAAUGCUUACAGAUUUCUGGGAUGCUUUUGGAUGAAAGCCAGGUCAAGUCCAUUGUUGACGAGAUAAAACAAGUGAUCGCAGCUAGUUCAAGUAGGAAAAGAGAGAGGGCAGAGAGGACCAAAGCUGAAGAUUUUGAUGCUGAAGAGAGUGAGCUGAUUAAAGAGGAAAAUGAACAAGAGGAAGAAGUUUUUGAUCAAGUGGGAGAGAUAUUGGAAACUUUGAUCAAAACCUUCAAAGCCUCCUUCUUACCUUUCUUCGAUGAACUGUCAUCAUAUUUGACACCUAUUUUGAGGCUACUGCUUCAUCACCAGUCUGCAGUUGAUGCUGAUCAAUUGGAAGGGUCUGUGACAUCUCUAUCAAAUUUGGAUGAUUCUGAUUCUUCUAAAUAUCUAGUUCGGAAGAAGGUUCAAGAAUCCUUGGAAAACUUAAAGGAGGAGGCAGUUGUUCCUAAAAGGUCCAUUCGAUGGCAACUUGGUUCCAGUUGGAUACAGCAUCUGCAGAAACAGGAAACAUCAAAAGAAUUUUUUAUAUGGUCUUGUUAUUUGCAUAACUUAGUAUAGUUGAACAAUAUAUUGAGUUUAUGUUUUGAAUUAUAGUUGAUGUAUCAACACACUUUGAUAUAUGGUUGUUACUUAUUAUAGUUGAUGAUCAAUACAUUUUGUUUAUGUUUUGAAUUAUAUUGACUUGCUUGUUUAUAGUACUUUUCUUUUAGUUUGAUAAUACGAUGAAUUUGUUUA